AUGGCCGCACCGUGCAGGCGACUGCCGAGGCCGAGCAGCCGCAGCUCGACGCCAGCUGUGGUGCUGACCAAGCAGGACCUGGCACUGCCGUCGGCCGGCGGCCUGUUCCGGUGCCUGCCGUUCUCGGCGCCUGCCAACAUGCCGCUCAGCGCGCCAGCAAGCCGCUCCGUCGGCCCGCCGCAGGGCGCGGGGUCGAAGCCGCCCCGCCCGGGGCUGCAGCGCCGCGCGCGGUCCGCGUCCAGCCGCCGGAGCGAGCUGCACCUCAUGGCCCCGUGCGAGCCAGGAGCGGCCAGCGCCGCCCUGGGCGCCGGCGGCAAGGGUCUGCCGGCGAGCAGCGCCGCGGCGUCGGGCGGCGGCGGCAAGCCGAGGGUUAUCUGCGCGUUGCAGAUCAGCGGCAAUCGAGGCAGCGGCGGGGGCGCGGCGGCGUGGCAAGCGGCGGAGCUGGAGCAGCAGAGCCCACGCCGCGGCGUCAAGGGCAGCUCGCCGCUGAGGCGGGCGCCUGGCGGUCCAGGCGCCGCGGGCCUUCCUCCCAGCGGGCCCCCGGGCAUGCGCCCGCAAGGGCUGGGCAAGCCCGCCAGCAUCCAGAGGGUAGACGUGGGCGCCUUCCCAGGCCCCCCCGCGCUGCACAUGGCGUGCAUGCCCAAGAUCGCCGCCGCGGAGGUGCCGAAACCGGCGGCCCUUGCCGCCGAGGAGCCAUCUGUGCCCGGGCAUGUGCGAGAGCAGGUGCACUUCGGGGCGCCGCCGCGCGCGAGCAGCCUGCAGGGCCUUCUGCAGGUCAGCGGCUCCGCCGCCCCUGUGGCGCUCCAGCCCGCGGCUCCCAGCGGCACCCCGCCGCCCCAGGACCUGCAGGAGCUGCUGGGCAGGGGCUGGGAGUCCUCCGACGGCGAGGAGGGCGACGCCGCCGCCGUGCUGAGCGAGGGCGAGGAGGCGUUCCACUACAGCAGGUAUCGGUACUGCGACGCGGCCGCGGCCCGGGCGGCGGGGUGCCCCCCGCCCGCCGAGCGGCACAGGCGGGGCCGGUCGCAGCCGCUGCGCGGGGCCCCGGGGGACGCCGGGUGCGCGGGCGGGGAGGCGUCGGAGGAGUCCUGCGCCUCCCCGUGGCGGCGCUGCAGCUCACCCUGGGCGCCCGGCGGCAGGCCGCCCGCGAGGACCGCGUGCUCGACGCCCGUCUGCGAGGAGGAGGGGCAGCGCGAGGAGGAGGAGGAGCUGCGGCGGCUGGCGGAGGCCCUGGUGAAGUUCUACGGGCUCUCGGGCGGCGCCAGCAGGGCCACGAGGCUGAGGCCCAACGUGGCCAACUUGGUGCUCGUCGACGAGCGCGCCUGGGCCGAGCGCCAAAGGCGUGGGCAGCUUGACGAGCCGCCCAUGAUGUGGAUCCGCGGUGGCCGCGUCUACGACUUCCACGGCGACCGCGGCACCCUGGAGGAGUUCGAGCACGACAUGCUCGUCCGGCAGGUGGAGGACGACCCGGGGAUCCGCGACCGGAGGCGGGAGCAGGGCCUGAUGCCCUUCCCCUUCGUCGCCGUGCCCCUCAAGGGCCACUGGGACCCCGAGGCGGAGGAGGAGAAGCCGCCGCCCCGCGGGGAGGCCCCGCGCGCGGACAGGGCAGAGGCCGCCAGGCGCCGCCACUGGCUCUCCGCGUAG